AAUCUAACACGUCUGAUUCGUGCGGCUGACGCUGGUUCAUUGACCCAGUUUGAUCAAACAGCAGUCUCGAGCUGGUUUGAAUGAGCGGCGCGGGGAGCGCGUGGAGGGAAGCGUGUGGAGACAGACUCGUGCUCAGGACGCGCGCUCUCACUCCACGCGCAGAACACAAUGCUGGAACCCAAGUUUUCACCCGCGCAAUGGAUCCCGAUAACGAGACCAGAGUCGGUAGAAGUGUAGACCUACAUCAUCCCCUUUUUGCCGCUGGAACCUACAAACUUCUGGCUUUGACCAUCGGCACCAUCGGAGUUUUUGGCUUCUGUAACAACGUGGUGGUCAUCAUCCUCUUCUGUAAAUUCAAGAGACUCCGCACGCCCACCAAUCUGCUGCUGGUCAACAUCAGUAUCAGUGAUUUACUUGUUUCUCUCAUCGGGAUAAACUUUACCUUUGCUGCUUGCGUCCAAGGCGGCUGGACCUGGAGCCCGACGACAUGCGUGUGGGACGGCUUCAGCAACAGCCUGUUCGGCAUCGUUUCCAUCAUGACUCUGGCGGCCCUGGCUUAUGAGCGCUACAUCCGGGUGGUCCAUGCACAGGUGGUGGACUUUCCCUGGGCUUGGCGGGCCAUCGCCCACAUCUGGCUGUACUCUCUGGCUUGGACAGGGGCUCCCCUGCUGGGUUGGAACCGCUACACGCUGGAGAUCCACAAGCUGGGGUGUUCACUGGACUGGGCCUCUAAAGACCCAAAUGAUGCCUCCUUCAUCCUCCUCUUCCUCCUAGCUUGUUUCUUUGUGCCUGUGGGCAUCAUGAUCUACUGCUACGGGAAUAUCCUCUACACUGUGCAAAUGCUGCGCUCGAUCCAAGACCUCCAGACGGUCCAGAUCAUCAAAAUCCUGCGGUACGAGAAGAAGGUGGCUAUUAUGUUUUUCCUGAUGAUCUCCUGCUUCUUGGUGUGCUGGACACCAUACGCUGUUGUCUCCAUGAUGGAGGCCUUCGGCAGUAAAAGCAUGGUCUCUCCCACUCUGGCCAUCAUCCCCUCAUUCUUUGCCAAGUCCAGCACGGCCUACAACCCACUCAUCUACGUGUUCAUGAGCAGGAAGUUCCGUCGCUGUUUGCUGCAGCUGCUCUGCUCACGACUUUCUUGGCUUCAGCGCAGCCUCAAAGAGCGCCCCCUAGCUCCGGUUGAGCGCCCCAUCCGGCCCAUUGUGAUGUCGAGGCCGUAUGGCAACAGGAACAGACCCAAGAAAAGGGUGACCUUCAGCUCCUCCUCCAUCGUCUUCAUAAUCACCAGCAAUGACUUUCAUCAUCUGGAUGUGAACUCAAAGGCUGCACAGUCCAGUGAGGUUAAUGUCAUCCAAGUGAGGCCAUUGUGAUCCACAAAGACUGGACUUCUCCCUCCAACUCCAACAACCCCCACUCUGUUUGCCUUAGGACCUUACAUGCAGUUCAAAGCCAAAAUGACCCUCAGUGACCUUCCUGGAUAUUUCCUCAUCCACACUGACUUGUUUAGAUGAGUUCAGACGGAGAGCAAAGUCAAUUUUUAAGGCAGGAAAUUACUAAGUCGGCACAAUGAUGUGAUCUUGCUGAUUUACCUGAGCUGUCUUUUUUCCAGCUCUAAUUCUGAAAACCUUGGGCUGCUGUGCUGGAAGGGUCUGUCAGCAUCAAGAAUUGAUGAUCUAAAUAGUCAUUUCAUUUUUUUUUGGCACUGUCCAUCUUGCAGACAGAAGAAUCUUUCUUCAAUCAAUCUGAAUUAUGAUUUUGUUGACUCUGCAUCUCUUCAAUCUGUUUAUAACAUUAAAACACAGCAACAUCGUUUAUUUGGGGUUCAUACUGCUGUAUGAAGGCAGAUUUCAGCAACCAUGUGACAAAUUGAAACUGCAAAGCAGAUAGAAAAGUGUUCUCUAGUCUGGUACCCUGGUAUCAAUAUGAGCUGAGCCUGAGCUAGUUAACUGGUAAUUAAACUGAGCUCCGACAGCAUCGCUGACUGUACAUAAAGAUAGAUAACAGGUCUCUAUCUCCUCUUGUACAAAAGCGAAGCCAAAAUACUGACACCUUAAGCUUGUGAAUCAAGAGUCUGCACUCGCAGAGCUGUGAUAUCAAUGUCCCACCUCUUCUGCUAACCAGAACACACAUGUAACUUAAGGGGAAAAGACCCCCACGUCAAUACUUUCUACAUAAUUACAGAAUUGUGGGUGGGUUGGUAGCCGCAGAGAAAGGUCAUUGACCUUUGUGUUGGAGUUGAUUGCACUUUAUUUUGCUGUUCUCCUUCAUUAGGCUAAUGCAGUGCACACAGCACUUCAGGAGCUGCCAAGCAUCAUACCUGUCAGAAAUAUUAAUAUUGGACAUAUCAGAAUGAUCAGAACAAACUAUGCUGACCAAAAAAAUGUUUGAGAAAAGCUUGUUGUAUUUAUAUUUUGAUUUUAAUGUCCAUCUGUUAACAUUGGAGGAGGCAAACUUAUGAAGGAGGAGGGCUAGUUAGCAGAGGGAGCUCCAAAUAUUUUGGCUUCACUUAUGGAGAUCAGUCAUGUCUUCUGUCUUUACAUACAGUCCUUGGCUAUGAUUUUGUUUGGUUAUAAUGUUAUGUUUAUAACAGAUGCAAAUGAAAUUAUUUGCUUGCUUAAUUUGCCCAUAUUGAAUGCAGAAUAUUCUCUGAAUACUUGCUUUAUUAGCUUGAAUCACUCACUCCAUUCAUGUGUCAGAUGGCAUGUAUGUGAGUACCCAAAGACACAAAGCAGGUUAUGUUAAUUGGGGCAGUGCUUACCUGCUCGUACCUCAGGUAGCAGGAAUCAGUGACACACAAGGGUUUUCAAACAGGUAAAACUUACCAGGUAAUCAAACCUCCUCACUCACUUUCCUCUCCAAGUGAGCUCCUUUUUAUUCCUGUUUUGAAUAAAAAAAAACCAAAAAAAAAACAGGUGGUGUCAUAGAGUUCAGGGUAGCCGCACACAGACACUUUCAAUUUCCAGAUGAUUGAACCUCCAUUGGUCCAUUCUUCACUUCAUACAUCACUGGAAGAUCUCCAUGCUGAUUGGACCCCACAGCCCUAAUGAUUUGCUGAGGACCGGAUUUUCAACUCCUUGUGAAUAAGCAAAUGAACAAAUAAUUGUAUUGAGUCUGAUGUGAACACAAUAUUAAACAUUUGAAGAAGUGCAAUCAUAAGAGGGUAGUGUUAAAUCAAUGCAAACUAUAAAUUAUACUUUUUAGAAAGCAGAAAUUUGCAUCACUUUGGUCUGAACACAGCUUUAAAACUAACUGUAAAUAAUCAACUGUCAGCCCAAGAUCUUAACUGAACCUUUUUUCCUGGCAGUGUUUUUUUAAGCAGGUAGUUUGAAAGUGUGACAUACUCAUCCAACAUCAGCUAUGGUGAUAAAGUACAUGAUGAAGUAGUAACAGCUAGUCAUAUGUUUCCUGUAGAAAAAGAAUCACACUUAUUUGUUGAAUAUGACAGUACAUCUGCAGAGCGGUCUCUAGAAGCCAGCUGUGAUACGAAUCAAUAUGUGAUAGCAGACGAUUUUGGUUGGUACCCAACUGUACAACAAGCCUUAGUUCCUUAGCCACACACCAUUAUACACAAACUGACUUGGUUGUGUUUGGAUUCAAUAAAGAGAUGCUAUUUUGA